AUGACCAACCCCCAAGAUAACCCAGGCACUCCUCCACAACCUGCCCCCUUCGAUUCCUCCACUACUCCUCAACCCAGCACAACCCCCCAACCUAGGAGAAGGCGAGUGAAGAUGCUUGCUCGCAAAACUGUGGCUACAGGAGAAGGAACUGGGUCUUCUAAUUCUGAGACGGCGCAAAAUCCCCCUUCUGAGGAGAGGGGGGAAAAUGAAAGUGAAAAAGAAAAAGAGAGUGAGGGUGUGAGUAGUGAUGUGAGGGGCAAAGGGAAAGAAGUGGUUGAUCCUUCACCCACUUCUGAAAUGGUUGGACUGGCCAUCUGUGGGGCUGAACAUGAAAAGGUGGUAGAGAGUAGAAGGAAAACAGGGGGAAGUGGCUCAGGGGAGGCUGCUGAAGGGCUGAAAGUGGCUGCAAGCUAUAACCCCAAGAAAAGGAGAACUCCAACACCAAAAGCUCCUAGCACUGCAAAUACUACUAAGAAAAGGAAGGCUACUUCUCCAACAACUGCUGAUUUUCCUAUACCAAAAGAAAGAGCCACAAGGAGUAAGUUGAAGAAGAGUGAGGAUGAGUUACAAAAGGCUAUGGAAGAAAGCAAGAAGAAAAGAAUGAACAAAGGGAAAGCUAAGGUUACAGAUCCUGUUGAGGCUGUUGAUGUGGAUGAGAUGGACCCGGUCCAUCAGGGUGAACAUGUGACUAUGGAGGUGCAGACCCCUAAGCCCAAGAAGACCAAGACUUCCUCCAAGAAGUCUUCAUUUGUAUCUAAGACUGCUGAACCCUCUUUGGCUAAAAGGACAAGGUCUGCUGUGAAAACCAAGCAAGUUAAAAUCACUGAGGAGGAAGAUUGGAGUGGUGAAGAAGAGAGUUAA